AUGAUCUGCUCAACGUGCCACGCGAGCGGCAAGGGCCGCUUCAUCACCAAGAUCCUCUCCUUCGGCAUUCUCUGGGCGCUGAUCAUCUACACCCUGUACCAGUUCCGCACCAUCGCCAUCGACGUGCCGGUGCCACACCUCAACAGCCGGUUCCUGCUGCAGAAACGGCUGGACCCGCUCACGCGGCACGCGGACAGCACCACGGAGAGCUUGGAUCUGGAGCCGUUCGUGGACAAGAGUCCGAGUUUGUCCGAGGACAAUCUCAUCGAGGACAUCCAGAAGCGGAUGCCGAGUCUGCCGAUCGUUUACUGGAACAAGAAUAAGAACAAGCCGAUGGGGCUCAAUAAUACUUGUGCUAGGUUUCCUUCGAUGUUCGACCUCGAAUUCAACAACCUAUACUGGCAGACCUUGAAGAGCUCAAACGGCACUUUCCAGUUGUAUGGAGCCUAUCUGGAUAAGAGGGCGAACAACAGACUGGGACCGACCGUGAGGAUAUUGGGCAUGAUCGACAGGAUAGAGCCGACUGUCGUCACGUACUGCCAAUUUUGGUUCGAUGGAAAGAAAGACCCGGUGAUUGGAAAAAGUUUCGAGUACAAGUAUAUUUGGUACAAGAAAUGGGGCAACUACAAGCAAGGCAUCUACCAGCCAUACCUGAUUGCGUGCGUGAUUCCGCAAAAAUUCAGGGACCAUAUUCCCCAGUCGAUUUCCCUGGUGGAAAAGCAGUGCGACAACGCAACGAACAACCUCAGGAUCAUCUACGAGAGGCCGAUCGAGAAAAAGGAUUUCGCCGUGUGCGUCAAAGGCCUCGAUUUCCUGCACGAAGAUUUGUCGGUGAGGCUCGUCGAAUGGAUCGAGCUGCUCAACUUGCUGGGGGCCGAUAAGGUGUUCUUCUAUGAGUUGCAGGUGCAUCCGAACAUCAGCAAAGUUUUGCGGCACUACGAACAAGAGGGGAAGGUUCAGGUUACCCCAAUAAACCUUGCUGGUGGUCAGCCAAAUGCACCUUCCUUCCAGCAUCUCUAUCUGACGAAGAAGACGAAUCACAAGCGUCAAAACGAGCUCAUUCCUUACAACGACUGUUUCUACAAGCACAUGUACGAAUACAAGUACAUCGCCCUUCUGGACAUUGACGAGGUGAUAAUGCCCUUGGAAGGGACGACGUGGAAGGAGCUGAUGCAGAAGGUGCUUCCGAAAGCGCUGAAAAUCAACAAGGAAGAACGGGCUUCGUACAACGUGCGAAAUGUUUAUUUCUUGGACGAUUUGAUUCACAACCAUGGAUGGUUCAAAGAGAUACCAAGAUACAUGCAUAUGAUGCAGCACGUCUACCGCACAAAAAACUUCACGAAACCCGGCCAAUACGUGAAGUGUUUCCACAAUACGGAAAAAGUCCUCACCCUCCACAAUCACUUUCCCCUCAGUUGUCUGGGUAGCGGUUGCACUAGCUACCCAAUCGAAACGACUGACGCUCAAUUGCACCAUUACCGAGCAGACUGUGUGAAAACGCUCAAAAAAAGCUGUGAAGACUUCAGAAAAACCAGUGUCAUGGACACGACGAUUUGGAAGUUCAAGGAUCCCCUCGUUUCGAGAGUAUCAGCGACGCUGAAAACUUUGGGGUACUUUGCGAAUAGUGAGAGUACUACGAACUCGAAUGUGCGAAAAAGAUGA